GAUCAUUUUCUGCAAGGCUAAGUUGCAGAUAAGUGUGAGAGUAAGAGAGGAAGAAGACGGAGAACUCAUAAUGGCGUCGGUUCAGUGUCACAGAAGCUGCGAACAAAGCUGCCAUCAGCAACAGCAACAGCGCAGCUCGCUGGGGCAGAAGGUGUCUGAGCUGUUCAAAGGACACCAUCAUAAUAAUAAUCCCAACUCCAACAAAAACCUUAAUUCAACAUCUCAGCAAUGCCGCAGGAAGGAGCAUAAGAAGAACGUGUUCCAGAAAAUCAAGGAUGGCUUGUCUGGUCACAGCAGCGACAGCAGCAGCGACAGCGACAGCGACGGUGAAAACUGCCACAAGAGGAAGAACUGAAAAGCAGCAGCAUAGGAGGAUCCUAUGAUGCCCACUGUUACGUUACCUGAAGCCUUGCCUCUUUGCUCAUAUAUCACUAGUAAAAUAAAAGGCCAACUAAUGUAUGCUUGUAAUAAUGUUGCUUAGCAGUGUGAUACGUAUAGACACACGCUAAAUAAGACAAGGGUGUGCCACCUUCUAUAGUAAUGUAAUAACGUUUGGUUUUCAUUAGCUAUUUUCCUUGUUCACUUGGC